CGCUCACAUGUUCUUCCACCUUCUCUCCGGCUUCUUCUCGCUUUAAGCAGCACAGUGUGGCCGCCAUCGUCGCCGCCGUCUUUCUUCCGCUCGUGCGGCCUUAGCCUCCCUCUUAACGCCAGCAAUGGAUGUCGAUUCUGAUAACGUUCAUAAACCAUCUGAAGAUGCGGAGUGCAAGCCAAUGGUGUCUGAAGAUUCAAAUGAUAAUGGUAAAGCAAAAGAAGAGCUUGCUGAUUCUAUUAAGAACUUAAAUAUUGAAGAAUCAUCUAGCCAUGCUGGGUCUUCAGCCACGAACUUCAGGCGCAAACCAGUUAUUAUCAUUGUCAUAGGAAUGGCAGGGAGUGGGAAGACAACUUUUCUUCAUCGUCUGGUUUGCCACACACAUGCAUCAAAUAUCAGGGGUUAUGUAAUGAAUCUUGAUCCUGCUGUAAUGACACUGCCUUUUGGUGCAAAUAUCGAUAUAAGAGAUACCGUGCGAUACAAGGAAGUGAUGAAACAAUUCAAUCUUGGGCCUAAUGGAGGAAUUCUGACGUCACUUAACUUGUUUGCCACCAAAUUUGAUGAGGUAAUUUCAGUGAUCGAAAAGCGAGCAGAUCAGCUUGAUUAUGUCCUUGUUGAUACUCCUGGUCAGAUUGAGAUAUUCACGUGGUCUGCAUCUGGGGCCAUCAUUACUGAGGCUUUUGCUUCAACCUUUCCCACUGUAAUUGCUUAUGUUGUCGAUACACCUCGUUCGUCUAAUCCAGUCACAUUCAUGAGCAACAUGCUUUAUGCCUGUUCUAUCCUCUACAAGACGAGGCUACCAGUUGUGCUGGUUUUCAAUAAAACCGACGUGUCAAAACACGAGUUUGCUUUGGAGUGGAUGGAAGAUUUUGAAGCGUUUCAAGCUGCAGUCAGUUCCGAUAGUUCAUACACCUCCACAUUAAGUCAGAGUCUUUCACUUGUGCUGGAUGAGUUCUAUAAGAACUUGAAAUCUGUUGGAGUGUCUGCAGUUUCUGGCUCCGGAAUGGAUUCUUUCUUUAAAGCAAUUGAAUCCAGUGCUGAGGAGUACAUGGAAAACUAUAAAGCAGAGCUUGACAAGAGAAUCGCCGAGAAGCAGCGAUUGGAGGAAGAGCGCAGACGGGAAAACAUGGAGAAGUUGAGGAGGGAUAUGGAGAGUUCGAAGGGACAAACUGUGGUUUUGAGCACUGGUUUGAAGGACGACAAGAGUAAAACUAAGAUGGUUGAUGAUGAAGACGAAGAGAUUGACGAAGAAAAUGAAGACGAUUAUGAUUACAAUAGAUCUACCGAAGAGGACGAUCCUAUUGAUGAGGAUGAAGAUGAAGAGGUUGCCAGAUUCUCCUUUUAGUAGUGAAACAGACAUGAUUGGAGACAGGAGAAGUUGAAAUGAAACUGUAUACAUUUUACGAAGAAACCGAGUCACCACACUCCGAACGCGAGGAUUUGCCAUUGUUUUUCUGCUUGGGGGCUGUUGUGAUAUUCCAUUUAGAUGUUGAUCCUUGUAGGUAGAGGAGCUUUGGUUUGAAAGCUGGGUAGCCCAUGUGUGUAAUGUUGUUUGUACAUUUUGAUGAUUUAUGAGUCCCUAUUUGUGAUGUGCUCCCUCUUGUCAAUUGAAGCUAGUUUUAGUUUUAAGAGUUUCAAAUUCUAUUUUAAA